UCUUGUGAAGUUGUUUUUUUUUUUUAAAGGCAGUUUGAGUUUCAUGAAGAAUGAAGUUCGAUGCUGACUUUCAUUUGCUCUGAACGUGGAGAGGGCCUUUCUUAACGACUCAGGACAGGGAGUGGUUCACCUUCUACGAGCGAUGGAAAACUGAUAAGCAACAUGCAACACGCAGCCUUUAAUGCUGACCGGAAGCAAGAGCAAUAAUUUUCUCCUGGCGGAAGUAAAUGUUCAUAAAGAAACGGAAAUGGCUUUUCACUUCCUUCCCUAAAUGCGGUGACACAACACUGGACAGUUGUUAAAGGAGACGAGAAGAAAAAAAGGAUGAUGGUCACCUGUACUUCGAUUGGAAACAUCGAUUCUCUUGAAGUGGCAAAGCGCCAGAAUCAAAUGGAAAGCGACAGUGGGGAUUCCCCUACAGUAAAUCAGUAAUUUGUAAUAUAACCGGAAGCUCUACGCCCUUUCCAUCGCAGAUUUUGCAGUCUCUGUUUGUUGAAUCAUGGCCUCUGAAAGUAGACCCGUCUAUCUUCUUGGUAGCGGAGGAGAAUUUGACGAAAUCGUAGAAACAGUACACGCAACAGGGAGCAUUAACGGUGACUUCCAAGGUGCGAGAGAUCGCUCCUCGUCUAUGAUCUCGAUCGUGUCGGAACAAUAUGGAGAAUACACAACUUAUGAAGACAGCGACAGUGAUAAAGAAGCAGCCGGGAUCGACGACAGCAAGCCUGUGACUAAAGACGACGCUGAGAUAAAUCUAAGCUUGAAUUCUUCCUGUCGACGUCUGAGGUGGCUGCGGUUCUACCUUGAGUUUAUCACAUUUCAGUGGUACCCUCAAAACGCUUCACCAAAACGUAAGGUGUUUUCGAAUGUGAUGCAGUUCUUGAUAGUAAUUUUCCUUGGCUGUUGUUAUGCCUAUGACAUGGGCGCAUUCCACAACAGAUCGCUGAUCCAGGAAGAAUUGAAAGAAACAGUGACAGCCGUUAAAAACAUCGUCUGGUCUUUAAGAUACCUCGAGAUGUACAUUCUUGGUUUGUUUUACUUUCGAAAGCGCCACUUUGAAAGAAUGCUCUCUGAGGUGAUUAUAACCAGGCGAUAUUGGAAAAAAGUUCGACGUACGUUCUUGAAGACAAGCGCGGCUGUGUUUUUCGGUGUUUUCGCUGUGCCAGUUUUCUUUAGAGUCAUUCAGAUGAAUAUAACCACUAAGAAAGUGGAAUCGUUCGACCUGAAGGAAAUCGCUGUGACUCUUCCACUUUCUGUUCUAGCCCGACUUGUGGCCCUGCCAAUUUUCGUUGUGUUCAUUUUCGCGGUAUACAUCAUCUUCAGCCAAGUUCGUCUCUUCAAGGAAAAGAUACAAAAGUGGCUCGAGGGCAUGGAAGACGCUAGAAAUCGGUUUAUCGACAUCAGACAAACGAUCCGUAAUGCAGAGAGGGCUUUCCAACCCUUUUUGUUGAUGCAUCUGCUGUUGCUACUGAUUCUUCUUGUCCCCUCAAUUUUUUCAUUUGCUGAACGUCUUCAAACGGAAAGCCACUACAAACAGACCUAUAGUGACCAAACACAACUAACAAGAGCCAGGGAAGAACCACGAGACCCGACCACCCUUGUUGUUAUUGGCAACCAAAGCAACUACCACCCACAGCAACUGGCUAUUUACCUGAAGCUAGCAGAUCCCAUGGGUAAUAAAAAUACCACACUAUCCGGGGCCCCUAAGAAGCACACUGUUUCCAAGACGGAUGGAUGGAUGAUUGCCAAAAUCAUCUGUGGUGCCUUGGCAGAUUUCCUGGAAAUGCUGGUAUUAUACAGCCUCCCUAUAGUUUUCCUGGCCAAGCUGCACAAAAUAGUUACCAGUCUCCCUCAGGUUGUCCAAGAUCUCAAAUUCAGUGAGCAGAAAAAUGGAGAAUAUCUCUUUCAAAAUGAUGAAAUCCUGAGAAAAAUGAAAGAAGACUUGGAAAAUGGAAGAGGUAUUCAGAUCUUAGGCAUCGAUUUGACAGGUGUCAAGGCCGCUCUGUUGACACUGAUGAUGCCUUUCCUUACAACAGCCAUACAUCUGCUGUUUGUGCAUGUUGACCUCGACUGACAGCCAAAGGAAAAAAAAAUGCAUAUUUGGCAACUUUCACAAGGCAAGAUUAGAAAAUAAAUAAACAUCAAUGCUAGUGGAGAUUAGAAAACUAAAAAAAUAGUCAUUUUACUCACUGCUUAAUGCACAUAACAAUUAGUUGACUUAAUCUCAUAUUCACAAACCUAGGCUCCUAAAAGUGUAAAUACAAUCUGCCUAAAAGUAGAUAUCUUUAUAACCCUACCAACCAUAAUUUACUGAAUAUGGAUAGGCUGUUAGGAUAAAAAUUCAACUUUUUAGUCGUGAGAACAACUAAAGAUAUAUCAUUAGCUUGUAGAUAGUCAAGUCCCUGACUUUAGAAGCCUUUCUACCUGAUUGUAUGUAUGCAUGUAUUUCUGGCAAGCAUUGAAGAGCUCAUAAUAUUUUAUGUACGACAAACAAAGGAUAGUACUUGUAGAAAUGCAUGCUUUUGACUCUGACAUUAAAAAAAAUAAAAAGGAAAAAGUGGAACCAACACUUUCCAUGUUUCCAGGAUAAAAAGGUACAUUUUUUUUAAAAAAGUGUUCACAUAGUGAGGUCCUGGCAUUCUGGGGAAAUGAAGUUCCAUGUCUCCUUUUUGUUUUCCUUUGUGAAGGUUUUGAAACAAUAUGAGCUUCAUUUUGUUACAAUAUAAUAAUUGUUUAAUUAUCACUCAAGUACACACUGUAAAUAAUGCAUAAUAACAAACAAAUGUAUGAUGCGCGAUCCUAUGAACUUCAUAUA